AUGGUUAGCAUCCACCCCGCAAUCGACAAGGGCAUUAAAAAGGGCGUGCCCAACUUCCCCGGCGGCAAGCUGUACUGCCACUGCGCGUCGGACAAAGUCGAAGUCACACUAUCCAGCAACGUCGCGCACAACCACGCAUGCGGAUGCUCCAAAUGCUGGAAGCCGCAAGGCGCCCUCUUCUCGGUUGUCGGUGUGGUACCCAGGGAAAACGUAGCCGUUACCGCAAACGCCAGCAAACUGCACAUCAUCGACGCAUCGGCCGCCAUCCAGCGCAACGCAUGCAAGCAGUGCGGCGUGCACCUCUUCGGCCGCAUCGAAACCGAGCAUCCCUUCAAGGGCCUCGACUUUGUCCACACCGAACUCAGCAAUACCUCUGGAUGGCAGGAGCCGCAGUUCGCCGCCUUUGUAAGCAGUAUCAUUGAGCAGGGGUUCAAUCCGGCGGGCAUGGAGGCAGUAAGGGAAAAGUUUAGGACCGUCGGCCUCCAGACGUAUGAUGUGCUGAGUCCGCAGCUCAUGGACCUUAUUGCCACGUAUACCGCGCAGAAGAGCGGAAGACUGCCGGCGAAGUUGUAAUGAGCGAAGUGGGGAUCCUGGCGAUUGGCGUUUUGAGGUGUGGGUGAAUGAAUGUAUGGAUGAGUGCAUCGACUGUGUAUGUUAGUAAGAUGAUGUGUGUGUGUGUGUGUGUGUGUGUGUAGAGCCCCAGCGAGCGAUCUUGGACUCUGUAGAACGAAAUAG